AAGCGAAAUAAGAUUAGUGCCUCUUUGCGUCCUGUUCGCAUUCGUCAUUCGGAAGUGAGGCUAUCGCCAAAACGCCGCGCGACUUUUGUAAACAACCUCUCUUUCCACCUUCAACCUCAUCACACAAUCAUUGCUUUCGAUCUCAUCUUGCCGGCGCCUGUCUAUCCAUCGAUAGCCUGGCGGCGCGCGCGCAACAACUCUUUGUCUCUUUCGCAAUAACUUCCUGUCCCAACUUCCUUGUCAAUACGAGCUUUCGCUCACGCAAGCACCCAGACAAGCCUACUCUUUGCCCCAAUCUCACAUUCUACAAAGCAAUUGCUGUCUGUUUGUCUCUCGCAUCAGCAAUCAUGCCGACCAACAAUACCAAGAAGAAGAUCGAACUCUCGUUCACCAACUGGGUGCUCGGCGGCAACCUGAUCUCCGUCGUCGAAGCAAAAUCCAAGUCCAGCAAGAACGGCAUGACCACCGACCGCGCCACCGCUCGUAAGAUGUACCUCGUGAACGAAGAUGGCACUCAAGAAAUCGCCGACGAGUCCCUGAUCCCCAGCAAGGGCAAGCGCGUCGGAAAGAAGGCUAGAAUCGAAGUGACCACCAAGACUGAGACAAAGGAGGAGUGCGACAUCCCGGAGGCGAAGGCGCCCGAGACGUACGAGAAGUGGUGCGAGAAGUGCAAGACGCCGUGCUGCGAGGGUGCUGUUGCGGGAGCUGUUCCUGCGGGUGCCAAGACGGCUCUUUGCGAGUGUGGAAAGUAUCAUUGGAUCUGCCAGUAUGAGGCCUAUGAUGCCGAUACCGAGAAGGAGAAGGGUGACGAGGAGAAGAAGUCUGGAGGUGGCAAGAAGAAGAAGGAUGAGGAGAAGGGUAAGGAUGUUGAGGUUGUUGUUGAUGCUGUUGUCGAGGAGAAGUCUGAUGACAAGAAGGAGGAUGGAGUUAAGGACAAAGACAACUCCGACGAGAAGACGGCCACCUCCGAUGAAUGGACUGCCGAGCAAGACAAGACCAUCCUUGAGAUGAAAGCUGACAACAAGUCCUGGAAGGAGAUCGUCGCCGCUGUCGGAUCCAGUAAGCAAGCUGUCGUCAACCGCUUCAAGGAACUCAAGAAAGCUGAGACUGAACAACCGUCCAAGCCUGCUGCUGAAGAAACCACUGACAAAAACGACAACAAGGUCAUCGAUGAUGCCUUCGGAGCCGACUUGUUCGCUGGUGAUGAAAACGACAACGGAGGUGGUAGUCACGAAAAAGACGACGCCGAAAUCAUCGCCGGAUUGGAAACCUUGCUCGAUGGCUUCAACGACAACGAAGACAAGGCCACCAAGAAGGGAAACAAGAAGAAUAAGGGCAAGAAGCAGCAAGCCAACGCUGCGGACCCCAACACCUCCUCCUUCGACAACAACCAAGGCACCAACUCCCCAGCCCAAGACCCCCUCGGCAUCUCCUUCGGCCCGCAACUCUACGGCAAGCUUGUCCCGGACGCCACCUGGUCCAAGGACGACUGCGACCUGCUAGAACACCUGCUCGAACGCUACGAGAGCGAGAAGUGGUUGCACAUGCAGGCCAAUUUCUACAACUGGACUGGUCGCAUGGUCGCUGCUGAGUUUAUCGAGCGCAAGUUUAAGACUGACGCUAGUGACUCUAGUUCUAAGUAA